AUGAGGCCUGGAGGAGCACCAUACGAGGUGCUCAAUACCUUCAAGUUAGCCCGAGUGCAUACUGAGACAGAUAAGAGCCAGCGCCGCACCUCCCACACUAGAUGUAGCCCUCCACGCUUGCAGUAUCUGUGGACAGCUCCUGCUGGUCCCGUAUUGGCCUUUCGAGUUACUUCAGAGCUUUCCAACGAAGGUCCUCCCACACGGCCUCCUGAAGCAGAGUCCUCCUACACGCCAGCCACUCCUGAAGCAGAGGUCCUCCUACACCCAGCCCCUCCUGAAGCAGAAGUCCUCCUACACGCCAGCCGACUCCUGAAGCAGAAGUCCUCCUACACAGCCACUCUUGAAGCACAGGUCCUCCUACACGCCACGACUCCUGAAGCAGAAGUCCUCCCCGCCAGCCCUCCUGUGAGGUCCUCUACACGCCAGCCACUCCUGAAGCAGAGGUCUCUUACACGCCAGCCACUCUUGAAGCAGAGGUCCUCCUACAGGCCAGACCACUCUUGGAAGUCCUCCUACACGCCAGCCACUCUGAAGCAGAGGUCCUCCUACACGCCAGCCACUCAAAACAGGCCACUCAAGCAGAGGUCCUCCUACAUGCCAGCCACUCCUGAAGCAGAGAUCCUCCUACAAGCCAGCCUCCUGACAGCAGAGGUCCUCCUACAGGCCAGCCAUCCUGAAGCAGAGUCCUCCACCACCAGCCGACUCCUGAAGCAGAGAGUUCCUCCCACACGCCAGCCACUCCUGAAGCAGAGAGGUCCUCCCACACGCCAGCCACUCUUGAAGCAGAGGUCUCCUACAGGCCAGACCACUCUGAAGCAGAAGUCCUCCUCACACGCCAGCCGACUCCUGAAGCAGAAGUCCCCCACACGCCAGCCCACUCCUGAAGCAGAGGUCCUCCUACACGCCAGCCACUCUGAAGCACAGGUCCUCCCAAGCCAGGCAUUCCUGAAGCAGAGGUCCCACACGCCAGCCACUCCUGAAGCAGAGGUCCUCCCACACGCCAGCCACCUUGAAGCAGAGGUCCCCUACACGCCAGCCACCUUGAAGCAGAGGUCCUCCACAUGCCAGCCACUCCUGAAGCAGAGAUCCUCCCACAAGCCAGCCACUCCUGAAGCAGAGGUCCUCCCACACACCAGCCCACUCCUGAAGCAGAGGUCCUCCCCACACAGCCACUCCUGA